AUGGAGUCAAAUGCUCUGAACGGAAGAAUGGCUUAUUGGCAAAUUUUACUUUCUGAGUUUGACAUAGUCUACAUGAACCAAAAGGCUAUAAAGGGGAGUGCGAUAGCAGAUUUUCUGGCCAGUAGAGCUCUGGAAAAUUAUGAGCCGUUGAGCUUUGAUUUCCCGAAUGAGGAUCUAAUGUAUGUUGCAACCAUGGAAGAAGACUCUCAAGAAGGUCAUCCUUGGAAACUGAAUUUUGACGGAGCUUCAAACACUGUGGGUAACGAAAUCGGGGCAGUUUUGGCGUCCAUCAUGGGCAUCCGUGCAGCCAUAGAACGUAAGAUCAAGGUAUUAGAGGUAUACGGAGAUUCUGCAUUAGUGAUCUUUCAGCUUAAAGGUGAAUGGGAAAUAAGAGAUCCCAAGUUGAUUAAUUACCAAAGGCUGGUUCUUGAGUUAAUCGAGGAGUUUAACGAUAUCACUUUCUGCUUCCUUCCACGAGAUGAAAACUAG